UAGCACACGACGCGAGGCUGAGGCUGCUGAGAUUUUGACGACCCUUUUCGACUCCCAUCUCCAUCUCCCUCUCCCGUCUCACAAAUGUAUAUAAAUAUAUUUAUAGCUUCGUCCGCAGCCUCUGUUUGGUUGGUAGCCUUACCGAUUAGGUGAAGGGCAGAAGAAGACAUGAUCGCCUCAGCGACCGCCGCCUCUUCGUCGUCGCUGGCGAUUGCCGUCCCCCACAGCGGUCGACUUCGGAAAUCAUCCCUCCUCCUGUCUCGCACCAAUAUCGCCGUCAGAAGGAAUUUCCCAAGUGUGGUGAAGGCAUCAGCUCGCGUCGAUAAAUACUCUAAGAGUGACAUAAUUGUUUCACCAUCCAUUCUCUCUGCUAACUUUUCCAAGUUAGGCGAGCAGGUUAAAGCUGUCGAUGUGGCAGGGUGUGACUGGAUUCAUGUUGAUGUAAUGGAUGGACGCUUUGUGCCAAAUAUCACAAUAGGACCUUUAGUUGUUGAUGCCUUGCGCCCCGUGACUGAUCUUCCAUUGGAUGUGCAUUUGAUGAUCGUAGAACCUGAGCAGCGGGUUCCUGAUUUUAUCAAGGCAGGUGCAGACAUUGUCAGUGUUCAUUGCGAACAGUCAUCUACCAUUCACUUGCAUCGGACAAUUGAUCAGGUAAAGAGUCUGGGAGCAAAAGCUGGAGUUGUUUUAAACCCUGCAACCCCAUUAAGUGCCAUAGAGUAUGUGCUAGAUGUGGUGGAUCUUGUCUUAAUUAUGUCAGUCAAUCCUGGGUUUGGUGGCCAGAGUUUUAUUGAAAGUCAGGUGAAGAAAAUUUCAGAUUUGAGGAGGUUAUGCGCUGAAAAGGGUGUGAAUCCGUGGAUUGAAGUGGAUGGUGGUGUUGGUCCUUCAAAUGCAUAUAAGUCCAGGGUGGUAAUGAUAGGCAGUUGAAUGAAUCACCCUAUCCACAUGAUAGGCAGAGGAAUGUGUAAGAUAUUCAGAUGCACUAGGCUCAAACGACUGCAUCAUGCAUAACAGAGGAUUCAAAACCCCAAGCAUAGGAAAGCUUCCCGAGUGGCUCAAUCACCAGGCUACUUGGGUGGUGGCACAAUAUGCAGUGGAAUGCAGUUUAUAGGUUUUCUGCCCUGAUGAUUGUUUUGCCCAUCGUGUAUGUCUUUGCCAUGAGGGAGUAGAUAUGAGAAGUUCGUUCAAAGGAUGGCACGUAAGCUUGAUCAUUUAGGAGUUUGUCGUACAACAGCCAGGAAAUUUUAUGAAUGGUCAUUGGUGCCGUUAUUUUCUGCUGCAUCAUGUUCACUGACACCACCAACUAACCUUGUCUUACUUAGCAAGCAUUUUUGAGUUUUCAAGGUAAAUCAGGUAACUCAUUUGUUCUUUGUGCAUCGCAGGUUAUUGAAGCUGGCGCUAAUGCUAUAGUUGCAGGUUCUGCAGUCUUUGGUGCCAAAGAUUAUGCAGAAG